GAAAAGAAAGGAAGUGGUAGUGCUGCUCUCCUCUCUCCUGGGUUUGUUCCUCCUUCCUCGGCGGCGAGGCGACGAUGGAGGAGCCCGGGUCCAGCCCCGACGACGCCGUGCUGUUCUUUGGGGUGUCCCUCGUGCUGGGCAUCGGCUGCCGCCACCUCCUCCGCGGCACCCGCGUCCCCUACACCGCCGCCCUCCUCGUCCUCGGCGUCGCCCUCGGAGGCCUUGAGUACGGAACGAAGCAUGGCCUGGGCAAGCUUGGAGCUGGCAUUCGUAUCUGGGCUGCCAUAAAUCCUGAUCUUCUUCUGGCUGUUUUCCUUCCCGCCCUUCUCUUCGAGAGCUCCUUCUCCAUGGAAGUGCACCAAAUUAAGAAAUGCAUGGCACAGAUGUUGUUACUUGCUGUUCCUGGUGUGGUGAUCUCAACAUUUUUGCUUGGCACUGCUGUAAAGCUUACUUUACCAUACGGUUGGAACUGGGAAACAUCAUUCCUGUUUGGUGGACUUCUUAGUGCAACCGAUCCCGUUGCUGUGGUUGCACUUCUAAAAGACCUAGGUGCGAGUAAAAAGCUUAGUACAAUAAUUGAAGGAGAAUCCUUAAUGAAUGAUGGGACUGCCAUUGUUGUCUAUCAGUUAUUCUAUCGCAUGGUGCUUGGAAGAACUUUUGAUGCAGGGUCCAUAUUAAAGUUCUUGUCAGAAGUUUCAUUUGGAGCUGUUGCUCUGGGCCUUGCGUUUGGAAUUGCGUCAGUACUAUGGCGGAGCUUUAUUUUCAAUGAUACAGUCAUAGAGAUUUCACUUACUCUCGCUGCCAGCUAUAUUGCCUUCUUCACUGCGCAAGAUGCAUUGGAGGUCUCUGGUGUCUUGGCUGUCAUGACCUUGGGGAUGUUUUAUGCUGGUUUUGCAAAAGCUUGUUUUAAGGGUGAUGGCCAACAAAUUUUACAUCAUUUCUGGGAGAUUGUUGCUUACAUUGCAAACACAAUCAUUUUCAUACUGAGUGGGGUUCUUAUUGCAGAUGGUGUACUACAAGAUAAUAUCCAUUUUGAGAGGCAUGGUACUCCAUGGGGGUUCCUUCUUCUCCUCUAUGUGUAUGUGCAAAUAUCACGUGCAUUGGUUGUCAUUGUCUUGUAUCCAUUGUUGCUUCACUUUGGGUAUGGCAUGGACGUCAAAGAAGCCAUAGUUCUUGUUUGGUCAGGGCUGCGAGGGGCAGUUGCUCUAUCACUCUCUCUAUCUGUUAAACAUGCUAGUGAUGCAGUUCAACCUUAUCUUAAACCAGAAGUUGGAACAAUGUUUGUGUUCUUGACUGGUGGCAUUAUGUUUCUGACAUUGACUAUAAAUGGUUCUACCACACAAUUUUUGUUGCACCUACUUGGUCUUGGAAAAUUGACAACAACUAAGCUUGGUGUAUUGAAGUAUACAAGAUAUGGGAUGCUGAAAAAGGCAUUCGAGGCUUUUGGUGAUCUCAGGGAUGAUGAGGAACUUGGGACAGUUGAUUGGAUUACUGUGAAGAGAUAUAUCACAUGUUUGAGUAAGUUGGAAGAUGUACGAGCACAUCCUCAUGAUGUUCCCGACAAAGAUGAUCACACACAUACCAUGAAUUUGUUGGAUACUCGAGUGCGGCUUUUGAAUGGUGUGCAAGCCGCCUACUGGGGAAUGCUUGAAGAGGGACGAAUAACUCAAUCUACAACAACUAUUUUAAUGAGAUCUGUUGACGAAGCUAAGGAUCUUGUUUCUAGUCAACCAUUAUGCGAUUGGACGGUGUUGCGGUCCAAUGUACAAUUCUCAAAUUACUAUAGCUUCCUUCAAAUGAGCAGAUUGCCACAAAGGCUUAUCACAUACUUCACAAUAGAAAGAUUGGAGCUAGGAUGUUACACAUGUGCGGCAUUUCUCCAUGCUCAUAGAACUGCAAGGAGACAACUACAUGAUUUUCUCGGUGAAAGUGAAAUUGCAAGAAUUGUGAUCGAUGAAAGUACUGUUGCAGGGGAGGAAGCAAAAAAGUUUCUAGAAGAUGUUCGUGUUGCAUUCCCUCAGGUGCUUCGCGCAUUAAUGACUCGACAAGUAACAUAUGCGGUAUUGACACAGUUGAGCGAGUAUAUUCAAGACCUCAGGAAGACUGGGUUGCUGGAGGCAGAGGAAAUGGUCCAUCUCGAUGAUGCUUUGCAGACAGACUUGAAGAAGCUUAAAAGGAAUCCACCGAUGGUGAAAAUGCCAAGAGUUAGCGAACUUUUAAACUCUCAUCCUUUAGUCGGUGCACUGCCUUUUGCUGUUCGUGGUCCAUUAUUAAGUAAUGCAAAGGAAACAAUAAAAGGACAUGGACAAAUCCUUUACAGGGAAGGCUCAAGGCCAACUGGUAUAUGGCUUGUUUCGGCUGGAAUAGUAAAGUGGACAAGUCCUAGACUAAGCAGCAGACAUUCAGUGGAUCCAAUUUUGUCACAUGGAAGCACUUUGGGUCUAUACGAGGCAUUGACAGGAAAGCCUUAUAUUUGUGACAUUAUUACAGAAUCGGUGGUGCAUUGUUUCUUCAUUGAAGCUGAAAAAGUGGAGCAAUUGCGCCAGUCUGAUCCUUCUGUUGAGGGUUUUAUAUGGAAGGAAAGCACUCUAGUUAUUGCGAGGAUUUUUCUCCCUCGGAUAUUUGAGAAAAUGGCAGUGCAUGAGAUGAGGGUUCUCCUUUCUGAAAGAUCUAGUAUGAAUAUAUACACUAACGGGGAAGACAUUGAACUUGGGAAGAAUUACAUAGGCAUCUUACUGGAAGGAUUUCUCAAGACAAGGAACCAACAUCUGAUCACACCUCCAGCUGUGCUACUGCCAUCAAACACUGAUUUAAACUUAUUUGGCCUACAAUCUUCAGCCAUGAACCAUAUAGACUACUGCUAUACCGCACCCAGUUAUCAGGUGGAAGCUAGAGCAAGGGCCAUGUUAUUUGAAAUAGGCAGGCCAGAUAUAGAGGCCGAUCUGCAAACAAGUGCAUCGUUACUGUCCCUGUCUCCGACCCAGGGACCACCACCAACACAGAGCAAAGAGCAUAUGGAUGACAUGCACGGUGCUCAGCGACGACCAAGCCUCCAUCACGCGGAAGCGAACCACAAGAACAUCGCAUCCUAUCCCAAGGCACCUUCAAGGAUGGCAUCCAGCACGCAGCUGCCUCUGCUGUCUGUGAGGUCAGAAGGUUCCAAUGCGAUGAUGAACACAACAUCUGCUCUUUCUCCGGCACUGGCGCCCUUUCCGCCCCUAGCAGCAGCCCGACAACGCAGGGUGGUAGUGGCGGAAGAUGACAACUCGAGCGAUGAAUCUGUGGGGGAAGAAGUCAUCGUUAGAGUGGACUCUCCCAGCAUGCUCUCCUUCCAUCUGACCUCCAGUCUGCCGCCAUGGAGCGACUGAUGGAUGCAGGAUGCACGUACCAGUAUUUUCUUCUUUCUGCAUAAUAAUUGUUGUGACCAAUGGCACCAUGCUGUUCCCCGCAAAACAAAUGGCCCCAUGUUGUAUGUUUAUCAGUACACAUGUAGAAACUACGAUAAUAACGUGCACAAA